GCUCAGUUUCUUUUUUGUAAUAAAAAAUAAAUCAGAGUGUGUUUCUUCUUCUUCUUCCACUGUACAAAUCGUCGUUUUGCUGAUUUCCAUCUGUCUCCUUUCUUUCCCCUUUCUCGUAACUUGUCGAUAUUUUGCUCUAAUGUACACUCUUCUUCUCUGCUUUUCCUAAAGAGAUUCUUCUUCUUCUUCUUCCUCCUCCUCCUCACGAGCUCCAAAGUUUCAGAAAAAAACUGACAAUCUUUUUUUUCUUUUACAGAAUCGUAAUUCAAAGAAAGUCUUUUAUCUUAAGCUGUGAGCUCAGAUUCUGUCAAGAUAUUCUUUCACCAGAGAAUGAUAGUUCUUAAGCUUGAGCUUCAGAUUCUGUCAAGAUAUUCUUUCACCAGAGAAUGAUUGUUCUUCUCCGGUGAAGUUAUUGGAAUGCGAAACGUUUAUCUGUGUGGUGUUUCCUUCUCUCUGAGCUUUUGUGUCGGUCGUUAGGGCUUGGUGGUAAUGACGGGUGAGUUACAGGAGACGGUGGCGCCGUGUGGGGCCAUAACUGAGAAACGGCCAAGCCGACUCAGCGGUUGCGUCGGCGUAUUCUUCCAGCUCUUCGAUUGGAACCGACGCUUCUCCAAAAAGAAGCUCUUUUCUCGCAAAUCUCUUCUUCCUGGGAAACAAGCUUCUAAGAGGUUUGGUGGGAAUGAUAAACUGCUCAAAUCUAAGCUUAACCUGAUUGAUGAUGAGAAGAGAGAAAGUUUCCCGAACCGAGGUGAAGUUGUGGACUUUAAAAGGCAUGAGAUGAGACCUCCUAGUUUGGUAGCACGUUUGAUGGGACUUGAAUCAAUACCUUCUAAUCACAAGAAGAAGAAGAAGUCAUCACAUUUGAUGAAUCAGGACAAGGAUAAAUGCCUUUUGUCUGAGGAGGAGGAAGAAGAAGAAGAAGAAGAAGAAGAAGAUAGUGGUUUGGAUAAGUCUAGGCCACAGAAGAUGCAGAGAACAAUAAGAGGUGUGUGUGACAGGCGUGUUAUGGUGAAGAAGUUUGGAUCAGACGCCAUGCAGAUCAAGAACGUUUUGACCCGAGUAAGGAAACAUCAUCACCAGCAUCAGAAUCUGGCUUCUCCUGUUAAAAGCCCGAGGCUUCAGAGGCGUAACUCUAGGUUGAUCAACGCUGCUGCUAGGAUUCUGGAACCGGGGAAGAGAAAUUCGAAAUACAACGCUAUUGCUUAUCCAAGUUCUUCCAGGACUAUAAGGUGUGGAAACGUUGGGAAAGAGACUGCUGUUUCACCUGAUUAUAACACUAGUGUUGCUUCUUGUAAAGCCUGUGGUAGCUUUGUUGAUGUUCAUGGUUCUAGUUCUGUACCUGAAGAGAGUGGAAAGAGCAUGGUUUGUGUUUCUGAAUCAACUCCCUUCGAGAGGAGUAAAAGAAGUGUGCAUUGGAGAAAUCAAGAACCAUCUAUGCCUGUUUCUGGUAAAGGCAGAGGCUGUAUAGAUCAAAUGGAGAGGAAGGCUCUUCACCGUGCUCGGUUUCCUCCUGUCCCUGAAUCUUACACCUUACAGAGAAGCAGAGGUUCGUCUUCACCUGCAAAUGCCAUCAACUAUAAAGAGAAGGACUUUAUUGCCAUGAAUAGAGGUUCAGCUAGCAGAGCUAAAUUUGAAAACUCUGGUUUGAAUCUGCAGAGAAGGUCUCACACUAGAAUUGAGGAGUCUUGUAAUAGAUCAGGUCUGAACACUUGUGCACGGAAGAGAAGGCUAGCUUGUGAAACCGCGUUUUCUCCAUUGAAACUUGGUUCCCCUCAAAGAGAUUAUAGCCAAUGCUGCAGAGAAACUAAAGAGAGAAAAAGACCGCCACGUGUUCCAAAUCAGAUGGGUCAGAAAAGAAUACAAGUUGAUGCCGGUACUGUGGGUUUGAUUCAGCAGAAGUUGGAAGAAAUCACUUCUCAAGAAGAAGAUGCAUUGCCCAGUAAACCGGCCUCUUUGAUCCUCCAUGAGUUGCUUUCUUCACUAGCACGCGAGCAGACUUACUCCAGGGAUGUUGAUAAUCGGAAGAAAGGCAAAACAGAGAUGUGGAGUUCCAUUGGAAAUGCAAACAGUGACUACACAAGCCCUGGUUCUGUACUGGAUGCAUCUUUCUCUAACGAGAGUUGCUUUUCCAAUAGCUUUGACAAUAUCUCAGUUCCAGGACAGAUGAGGCUGCCUCUAGAGCCAGUAGAGCCCGAUUGGGACGUUCUUGAAGACUCCGCGACUUUGUUCAAGAACUCAACAAGUGGUGGUAAUUAUGAAGCAAUCACCAGUCUGGUCAGCCAUGUUUCUAACGUCCUACGAAGUUUAAGCAACACAGGUCUCAUAUUAACGCGGCAGAGAUCCACCAACGCAAGAGAAGUCAUAAUCCAAACCGAGCUAUUGGUUGGUACCACUACCGCGCAAGGCAGCUACCUCAUCGGACCAGAGCUCUUCGACGAACUUAUGAUUUACGCAGCUCGUUCCGAUAAUCUGCUUAAUCUCCCUGGAAUAACCGGAGGGUUUCUUGUGGAUGCAAUGAUCGAACACUUGGAAGAAAGAAACAUUUCCUGCGGAUUAAAGCCCUCGAGUGCUGAAGCAUCCGAGUUGAUUCAAGAUGUUCUUGGGGAAGUUCCAAAGUGGACAGCAUUGGCACGGGUUGAGAUGGACAAAGUUGUCAGUAUUGAGAUGGAGAAAUGGAUGGAUCUUGAAACCCAUUUGUUUGGAGUUGGAUCAGAGAUUGCUUAUGAGAUCGUUAUGUGUCUGGUUGGAGAGUUAGCUAUGGAUCUACUUUAGUAUUUGUGUAAUUCACACUAUUAAACCAUUUGAAUCAUAUGAUCAAUGCUUAUUGUUAGAAUA